AUGUCUCAUAACAUCCCCACGGAGCAAUGGGCUCAAGUCAUUGACAAGGUUGGCGGACCCCUCCAAUACAAGAAGAUCCCCGUUGCAAAGCCGGGGCCUGAGGAGGUCCUAGUCAACAUCAAAUACUCCGGUGUCUGCCACACCGAUCUGCAUGCUCUCAAUGGCGACUGGCCCAUCCCCACCAAGCUGCCUCUUGUUGGUGGCCACGAGGGCGCCGGUAUCGUGGUGGCACGUGGUGACUUGGUCACGGAUGAAAUCUGCAAGAUCGGCGAGGCUGUUGGUGUCAAGUGGUUGAACGAUUCCUGCCUGUCUUGCACGUUCUGCCAACAAGCCGACGAACCCCUUUGCCUGACUCCCAAGCUCUCCGGCUACACAGUCGACGGCUCUUUCCAGCAAUACUGCAUCGCCUCUGCCAGACACGUCGCUCACAUCCCCGAGGGCGUUCCGCUCGAUGAGGUCUCUCCCGUCCUCUGCGCCGGCAUCACCGUCUACAAAGGACUGAAGGAGUCGGGAGCGCGGCCCGGGCAGACGGUCGCCAUCGUCGGGGCUGGCGGCGGCCUAGGCACGUUGGCCCAGCAAUACGCGAAAGCCAUGGGCCUGCACACCAUCGCCAUCGACUCUGGAGAUGAGAAGAAAGAGCUCUGCAAAAAGAUGGGUUCAGAACACUUCAUCGACUUUUCCAAAUCCAGCGACAUCGUCAAAGAUGUGAAGAAUGCCACCAAAGAUGGUCUCGGACCCCAUGCCGUCAUCCUGGUCGCCGUGAGCGAGAAGCCCUUCCAACAGGCCGCGGAAUACGUCCGCCCUCGAGGCACGGUCAUCGUUAUCGGGCUCCCAGCCAAGGCGUACAUCCGAGCCCCGGUCUUCGAGUCGGUGCUGAAGAUGGUCAGAAUCCAAUGCUCAUAUGUCGGAAAUCGACAGGACAGCGAGGAGGCCAUUGAUUUCUUUGCCCGCGGCCUGAUCAAAGUGCCUUUCAAGACUGUGGAUCUCAAGGACCUUCCCAAGGUGUACGAGAUGAUGCAUGCUGGCCAGAUCGCUGGACGAUAUGUGGUCAAGGUGCCUGAUGCAGAAUAG